AUGAGUUCACUAGACCGGAAGAUAAAUGAUAAAUGGUCAUUUCAUUGGGGAACACCUUACACAGAGGAUAGUAAAGACCUGCCACAGCGUUCCUGCUCCAGAAGAUGCGGCCUCUGCCCUUCCAGUGCAGUCCAAGGCCUGAGAAAGAGUGCCCACCCCCCACUCCGCUCCCUUCCUUUCAUGUCCACAGCUGUGGCCACUGACACAAAUUCACUGGGUCUACUCUUCCCCGACGAUGUUCUCAAAGCGGUACUUCUCUUCCGGCGCCCUCCCAGUCCGUGUCUUACGGGUACAUUUUUAUUUUCUUUGGAAAACCAUGGCAGAUACAUUUCGGAUAUUGUGAUUGAAAGGAUGUUUCAAUUACUCAACUUUGUCAUUCUAGUGGUGACAGACAUUUAUAAAGGACACAGCAUUAAAAGUGAUCUAGCCUAUGAGCCUAAGAAACCCACACUGAACGAGCAGACGACAGACUCAGGCAGAGCUGGCCCAGAGGGUUCCUUCACUGUGCACGUGACCUUGGAUGAGCGGAUCCGGAUCCGCUGCUGCAGACCGCCCUCCCACACCCUCACCCCCUGCGGAUCCCCUGCUGCAGACCGCCCUCCCACACCCUCACCCCAGGUGGAUCCCCUGCUGCAGACCGCCCUCCCACACCCUCACCCUCACCCUCACCCCCAGCGGAUCCCCUGCUGCAGACCGCCCUCCCUCACCCUCACCCCAGCGGAUCCCCUGCUGCAGACCACCCUCCCUCACCCUCACCCCCUGCGGAUCCCCUGCUGCAGACCGCCCUCCCUCACCCUCACCCCCAGCGGAUCCCCUGCUGCAGACCGCCCUCCCUCACCCUCACCCCAGCGGAUCCCCUGCUGCAGACCGCCCUCCCACACCCUCACCCCAGCGGAUCCGCUGCUGCAGACUGCCCUCCCUCACCCUCACCCCCCAGCGGAUCCCCUGCUGCAGACCGCCCUCCCUCACCCUCACCCCAGCGGAUCCCCUGCUGCAGACCGCCCUCCCUCACCCUCACCCCCAGCGGAUCCCCUGCUGCAGACCGCCCCUCCCUCACCCUCACCCCAGCGGAUCCCCUGCUGCAGACCGCCCUCCCACACCCUCACCCCAGCGGAUCCGCUGCUGCAGACCGCCCUCCCUCACCCUCACCCCCAGCGGAUCCCCUGCUGCAGACCGCCCUCCCUCACCCUCACCCCAGCGGAUCCCCUGCUGCAGACCGCCCUCCCUCACCCUCACCCCAGCGGAUCCGCUGCUGCAGACCGCCCUCCCUCACCCUCACCCCAGCGGAUCCGCUGCUGCAGACCGCCCUCCCUCACCCUCAUCCUCACCCCCAGCGGAUCCCCUGCUGCAGACCGCCCCUCCCUCACCCUCACCCUCACCCCCAGCGGAUCUGAUGCUGCAGACCGCCCUCCCUCACCUCACCCCCAGGUGGAUCCCCUGCUGCAGACCGCCCUCCCUCACCCUCACCCCCUGCGGAUCCCCUGCUGCAGACCGCCCUCCCACACCCUCACCCCCAGCGGAUCCGCUGCUCCAGACCGCCCUCCCUCACCCUCACCCCAGCGGAUCCGCUGCUGCAGACCGCCCUCCCUCACCCUCACCCUCACCCCCAGCGGAUCCCCUGCUGCAGACCGCCCUCCCUCACCCUCACCCUCACCCCCAGCGGAUCUGAUGCUGCAGACCGCCCUCCCUCACCUCACCCCCAGGUGGAUCCCCUGCUGCAGACCGCCCUCCCUCACCCUCACCCCCUGCGGAUCCCCUGCUGCAGACCGCCCUCCCUCACCCUCACCCCAGCGGAUCCGCUGCUGCAGACCGCCCUCCCUCACCCUCACCCCCUGCGGAUCCCCUGCUGCAGACCGCCCUCCCUCACCCUCACCCCAGGUGGAUUCCCUGCUGCAGACCGCCCUCCCUCACCCUCACCCCAGGUGGAUUCCCUGCUGCAGACCCCCCUCCCUCACCCUCACCCUCACCCCCAGCGGAUCCCCUGCUGCAGACCGCCCUCCCACACCCUCACCCCCAGCGGAUCCCCUGCUGCAGACCGCCCUCCCACACCCUCACCCCCAGCGGAUCCGCUGCUGCAGACCGCCCUCCCUCACCCUCACCCCCAGCGGAUCCCCUGCUGCAGACUGCCCUCCCCUCACCCUCACCCCCAGCGGAUCCCCUGCUGCAGACCGCCCUCCCUCACCCUCACCCCAGCGGAUCCGCUGCUGCAGACCGCCCUCCCUCACCCUCACCCCCACCUCCAGUGGACCUCAUAGAUGCCCCCCCUCUUUACUUCCCCCAAAGUCCAACUCCAGCAGGUAUUUUCAGAGACCACAUAGGCCUAACCUGUCAACCAAGUAG